AUGGAUAAAGGGAAUGCCAUUGUUGUUAUGAAUAAAUCUGACUAUUUGACGAAAGCAAAAGAGAUAUUAUAUGAUGAAAGAGCAUUUAAAAAAUUAAUUCAUAAUUUAACUGACAAACAUGAAGAAGAACUUAAUAAAUUUCUACUGCAACUUAAAAGGAAUAAAAUUAUUAGUCCUGAUGAAUAUAAAUUAAUGAGGCGGGAUACAGGUUCAAGAACACCUGAAACUUAUUUCUUAGUUAAAGUGCACAAAUCAGGGCAACCAGUUCGACCUAUCAUCUCAAGUUAUAAUUCAUAUAAUUAUAAUACGGUAAAAUAUUUAGCAACGUUACCAGCAAUUUCACAGUGUCCCUCUUAUGUAAAAGAUUCAUUCGGUUUUGCAAGAAUUAUAAAAGAGAAUAAAGACUUAUCAGGGCUCAUAUAUUCAUUAGAUGUAUCAUCUUUAUUUACGAAUGCUAUUACGAAUUUAGAAAAGGCUAUUAAUAUUGCUAUAAAGAAAAUUAAACAAUUCCAUCCCAAAUUAACUAUAGAUGAUGACAACUUGAGAGAAUUAUUUUAUUACUGUACAAAAAGAACUAAUUUUAUAUUUAACAACGAGCACUAUGAUCAAAUAAACGGCGUGUCAAUGGGCAGUCCGAUUGCCUCUAUAAAAAAGAGAAAAGAUUCAAAAUUAAUUACAUAUGUUUAUAGAAAAUCCACCGACACCGGUCUAUAUCUCGAAUGGACAGGUAAUCAACCCCGCAAUUAUAAAAUUAAUUUAAUUAAAUGCCUAUGUUUUCAUGCAAAAAGAAUGUGCUCAUCGAAUAGUCUAUUUAAACAACAGUUAGAAUAUUACAAAAAGAUUUUUAUUGCGAAUGGAUAUCCAUGUAAUGUUGUUAAGAAAACUAUUCGUAGUAUUGAAUUAAGUAUUAAUAAGAAACAACCCGGUCUGAAUAUUCAAAAAUUAUUUAUUCCUUUUCCUUAUUACGGUGAAUGUUCUAUAGUGUUAGCAAAUAAGAUUCGGAAAAUAUCACAAACUUUCACAACACAUAUUGUAUUUGGAUUUAAGGCUGAAAAUAGAAUCUCUUCAUUGUUUAGCAGAACCUAUCGUUGUAGUAAUGAUAAUAAGAGAAUAGCAUAUGGUUAUUCAUGUUAUGAUUGUGAUGGAUAUUAUAUUGGUCAGACAGCGAGAGGUGCAGAAGUUCGGAAAGAAGAACACAAGCUCUUAAGGGCAUGGGAUACUCCAAAAUUGCAGAACAUUACUUUAAUAAAAUUCACAAUAAUAAUUGGGAUAUAA